UUGUUUACUUCUUCGAUUCAGGACUUCAGCUCCUCCCACGAAACGAUAAUUACACGAAGACAUAGAUACCCCUCCCUCUCCAAACCCCCGAGACACAGGGCUGGGGGGGGGGGGUUCCGCCCUUCUGCGCAGCCUCUCUGCCGGGAGCUGCGCGGGAAAGGACUCUACUAGACUGUCAUUUGGAGACAGUGUCAUGGAUGUUCUGCGCCCACAGAUUAUAACAUUCGAUGGACGGAAUUAUAGGAAGAAUCCCAUCCAGGAAAAAAAUUAUCAGCAUGAAGAAGAUGAGGCUUACUAUCGAGACUCCAUGGAGUAUUCUGACGAGCCCUGCGACGCCUACGAGGUGGAGCAGACCCCUCAAGGAUUCCGGGCCACCGUCAGUGCCCCGAGUGUGCUCUACAAGUCUCUCUCUGCCUUGUGUUCAAGACACAUAGUUGGAAAGAGAGGGGAUACCAAGAAGAAAAUUGAAGUGGAGACUAAGACAUCUAUUAACGUCCCUAAACCUGGACAUGGAGGAGAGAUUGUGAUCACUGGUCAGCAUCGAAAUGGUGUAAUUUCAGCCCGAACGCGGGUUGAUGUUCUCCUGGACACAUUCAGAAGGAGGCAGCCCUUCACUCACUUCCUGGCCUUUUUUCUCAAUGAAGUUGAAGUUCAGGAAAGAUUUCUGAAGUUCCAGAAGGAAGUGCUGGAGAAGUGCUCCAUGGAUCGUGGGGUUGACAGCUCCAUUUUUCAGAAUCCCAAAAAGCUUCACCUGACUAUUGGGAUGUUGGUGCUUUUAAGCGAACAAGAGAUCCAGCAGACGUAUGAGACCCUGCAUCGUUGUAAAGAGGAAUUCAUUAACGACAUCUCUGGAGGCAAACCCCUGGAAGCAGAGAUGGCAGGGAUCGAGUACAUGAACGACGAUCCUGGUAUGGUGGAUGUUCUUUAUGCCAAAGUCCACAUGAAGGAUGGCUCCAACAAGCUGCAAGAACUAGCUGACCGAGUGCUGGAGCGCUUCCAGGAGCUGGGACUAACAGUGAAAGAGUGGAACAGUGUGAAACUACACGCCACAGUCAUGAACACACUCUUCAGGAAAGACCCCAAUGCUGAAGGCAGGUACAAUCUCUACACAGCAGAUGGCAAGUACAUCUUCAAGGAAAGAGAAUCGUUUGAUGGCCGAAACAUUUUAAAGAAGUUUGAGAACUUUUACUUUGGUUCCCUGAAGCUCAAUUCCAUUCACAUCUCCCAGAGGUUCACAGUGGACAGCUUUGGAAACUACGCCUCCUGCGGACAGGUUGACUUCUCCUGAAGUGGGAGAAGAGCAGCAGAGGACCGAGACUGCAGCAUCAGGAGCCUGGGAGUGUGGCAGCAGCAGGCACUCCGGCCUCCAGCUGACUGGGGAGGAGAGAGCUCCAGUCCACAUCCUCCCUCCUGUCGUCCCCCCCCUUUCUUCUCCUCCUUUCUGUCUGUCUUCAUUCCUUAUCCUCAUGACCCCUCCUUUCUGUGAAGUCUACUCCUAAGCUCGGUGUUAAGAUCACUGUGCCGGGGGACAGACCAUUUUCCAAUAAAUGAGAUUCCCAAGUUA